UCAACCCAGUGGCCGGAGCGGAGGGCGCAGCGUCGGGGUCGUCGGCACAGGUCGCAACACUCAGCAUCGAGAUGGCGUACAGCUGGGACAACCGAGUCAAGUUCGUCGUCCGGUACAUGUACGACAUUGACAACAAUGGCUACCUAGACAAGAAUGACUUCGAAUGCCUAGCAGUCCGCACCACAGUGAUCGAGAGCAAGGGUGACUUCACACCAGAGAAGUACGAGGACAACCGCAAGGUCAUGCGGAACCUGUGGAACGAGAUCGCCGACCUUGCCGACUUCAACAAAGAUGGGAUGGUCACAGUUGAUGAAUUUAAAGCAGCCGUUAAAAAGGUGUGCGUUGGAAAGAACUACGCUGAGUUCCCACAGGCCUUGAAGGCAUUCGUCAACAAAAUUUUCGAUUCCAUCGACCUGAAUGGCGACGGCCUCAUCGGCAUCGAGGAGUACAGGGUCGACUGCUGCAGCCGGCAAGCGUACAGCGAUCUGAAGGAGCUGGACGAGGGCUACACCAAGCUGUGCAGCGACGAGGACAAGAAGAAGGGCGGCAUCGACAUCAAGCGCUUCCAGGAGCUGUACGCCCAGUUCAUCGGCAACCCGGACGAGACGAUCGGCGCCGUCUACCUGUUCGGGCCUCUGACGGAGCUGAGCUAAGCCGGCGGCGCGGCCGACGCCCGCCCCCGCCGCCGACUGUGACGAGCCACCCCGAGACCCGCCGCC